AUGACGGAAGUAAAUCCCGCCUUCGUUCUCCAAUCCAUCAAGAAGGUCUCUUUCGAGAACCGUCAGGUGUCACCCCUCAAGGAUGAGCACGACGUUCGUGUCCAUGUCCAGCAAACGGGUAUAUGCGGCAGUGACGUGCACUACUGGCAACGCGGUCGCAUCGGAGAUUUCAUCCUCGAGAGCCCCAUUAUUCUCGGACACGAGAGCGCAGGUGUCAUCGUCGAGGUUGGCAGCAAGGUGAAGAAUGUCAAGGUUGGCGACCGUGUUGCCAUCGAGCCAGGUGUACCCUGCAGGCGAUGCGACUUCUGUCGGGUUGGCUCGUACAACCUCUGCCCAGACACUGUUUUCGCCGCGACGCCCCCUCACGAUGGCACUCUUCAGAAGUACUAUACUGUUUCUUCUGACUAUGUGUAUCCGAUUUCCGACCAGAUGACUGCCGAGGAUGGCGCGCUGGUCGAACCCGUCGCUGUCGCCGUUCAGAUCGUCAGAGUGGGGGACCUGAGAGCCGGCCAGUCUGUCCUCGUCUUUGGCUGCGGCCCUAUCGGUGUGCUCUGCCAGGCCGUUGCCAAAGCCUCUGGCGCCAGCACGGUCAUUGGUGUCGACAUAUCCGAGUCCCGCGCCCAGUUCGCGCGAGGAUUCGGUGCCGACGGCGUCUACGUAUCGAAGACCAAGGCCGAGGAGGGCGUCGAUCCUGUGGAUGCCGCCCGGGCAUUGGGUGAGAGAAUAGUGGCCGAAUUUGGUCUCGGCGAGGGUGCGGACGUGGUUUUGGAGUGCACUGGUGCUGAACAGUGUAUCCAAGCCGGUAUCUUCGCAGCAAAGAAGGGUGGCACUUAUGUGCAAGCUGGAAUGGGGAAGGAGAAUGUUGUCUUUCCCAUUACCACGGCAUGCAUCCGUGCAUUGACCGUCAAGGGUUCCAUUCGUUACUCGACCGGUUGUUAUCCUCAGGCUAUCCGGUUCAUUGCGAGUGGCAAGAUUCAGCCCAGUAAGCUCAUUACGCAUCGAUUCAAAUUUGAGCAGGCUGAGGAGGCCUUUGAACUGGUUCGACUGGGCCAGGAAAACACUCUCAAGGUUAUUAUUGAGGGUGUCCAAAAGUAG